GGAGGCGGGAGGAGUCGGGAUUCAACGCGGCGCAAUCCACCGGGAUGGAGGAGAAGCUCAGACGGGUUACUUUAUGGCUAAAAAGGACCUUUGGGGAUCAACCCAUUCCACAAUACGAAGUGAAUUCACGGACUGUUGAUAUUUUAUAUGAGCUUGCGGAAUGCAAUGAAACCAGAGACAAGGAUGUCUCCCUCGUGAUAGAUGACAUGAAACAGAAGACUGCAGAAUAUGAGUCAGAAGGAGAAUUUCUUUCUUCUUUCCUAAUCACACCCAAAAAUGUCUUCAUCCCCGCUAUCAAUGAUUUGACCUCAGAUUUACAUGCGACAGAAUCGAGAAACAGAGAAAUGGAGCUUGAAUUGACCAGCCUUAGGAAAAAGCUAACUGCAGCUCUGGUGCUGGAAAAACAUCUCCAAGAGGACCUUAAAAAAACAGAAGAACAUCUGGCAAUGGAAAAAGCCAAAGCUGACAGCCGAACCCAGAACAUGAAGUUCCUGAAGGAUAAAUCUGAGGACUUCAAAUUCAGGAUAAAGGCUGCAGAGGAACAGCUUUCUGCAAGCGGGAUGGAUCCUUCCUUGACACAUCAGUCAUUAGUGAGCCUCUCAGAGAAACUGUCUGAACUAAAGCAACAGACUGUGCCUUUGAAGAAGAAACUGGAGUCCUACUUGGACUUAACUCCUAAUCCUUCCCUUGCUCGAGUGAAGAUUGAAGAAGCAAAGCGGGAGCUGAAUGCUCUAGAGGCUGAGUUCUCCAGUAAAGUGGACAUGAUGGCACUGUCAGUACCAGAGCCCAGCAAACGCCGAUUUACCUAAAGUCAACUGUGUGGGAAAAGGACUUUUUUUUUUUUU